AUUUGUAGGUGUCCAUGUUGGGAAUUUCAUGAUGGGAUAGAACUGUAUUGUGAUGUCUUGCUUGAUGAAGUUGUGAGCCAGUUUGAUGCUGUUUGGCUGUUGCAAAGACUAAAUCAUAGUUAAGACUAAACUCAGAAUGAGUGAACUUUCUAUAAGCGGAACUGUGCUAAAUAAUGGCGAUGAAGGGAUUGGUAUCGCAGCAAGCAACUCAGACAUGGAAUCUGGUGAAGAGGAAGAUGCCACACCAUCAUCACAUCAUAUGUCCAACUCAAAAUAUGAAGAGUUGGACUGUGAAAAUGAUGCUGGAGGGCAAACCACCGAGAAAGGCAACAAAAUUCACCUCCAGUCGCGAGAGGACGACGAACCACCGAGGAAGAGACCCAGAUGUGAUCAAACCAAGGAUGUGAAUGGGAAGAUUGAGUUUGAAAUUAUUGAUGAGAUUGAGGCUGAUGAAGAAGACCAUGGGAACGGUGACGAUAGCGAUGAUGAUGAACUCUCAGAUGACGAGAUCUACGCUUGGCUGGAGGAGGGUGUAGAUAAGAAUGUCCAAGCUGAAAAGGAUGACAGUAUUCCUGUUGAGAGGGAGAAGGUGGUAUUGAAGGAAAAGGGUCAUGAUCCAUUUGACAUCCUCCCUGAAGGCUGGGUCGUGGUGACCCACAACAGCGGUAUGCCAGUUUAUCUUCACAAGGAGUCCAGGGUUUGUACCCUGGCUAGACCAUACUUCCUCGGACCAGGCAGUGUCCGGAAACACGACAUUCCUCUAAGUGCCAUUCCAUGUUUACAAUACAAGCGAGAAAUAGAGAAGGAGAAUACAAAUGAUGCCAAUUCUAAUUCUGAUGAGCCCGAACAAACAACAAUCAAAGAAAACAAUGUUUCGGACCCAAAUGAAGAGAAGCAAAACCUGCUAGAGGCAGGAAAUACUAUAAAUUGUGUGGAACCCACAACACACCAACCGGCAGAGAAGACAGCAGGCAUAAUGGAGACCAACUCCAGUGGCCAGGAAACAUCGUCUGCUUUAGCAUUUGGUAGUGUUCGGGAAUAUCUCCAAGACUGGGCUAGUCAAGAUGCAGAUACGGACAAGACACCCACCGAGGAACCUGAUACAGAGAAAGCCAGUUCUAUGCUUGUUACAAAUGCCAUUUCUGAUUCUGUGAAGCUGGCUGUUGGUGGCAAGAAUCAGUUGGUUACAAGUCAGUCUGAAACCUGCCCGUUCAAGCGGGUGCAGUCCAGUGGGAAUGGCGAUGCGGAUGAUAUUGAAAUGGAAAAUGAUGAAAAUAUACCCUGUGCUACAACUAGUGCCACGCCAGCAAAAGAGUCUGUUGAAUCAGCGUCACCGAAUGCCAAGGUCACUCAGAAAGGGGCAUCCUUAGAUGAGAAUGGCAUGUCAGCAAGUAACAGCAAUGGAGGUAAAGAUUUAGAAAAUGGAGCUGUAGAUAGCACAGCACAAGGAGACCAACGGAUGGAAGUGCAUCCUGUCAAGGUUGAAAGUGCUGAAGAGAGAAGAAAGCAGGCUUCCUUAGACCCACCGGCAGUUAUAGAAUAUUGCUCAAGAUUGUUUGAAUUUAGGACAAUUACUGUCAGAAAAUACAAAACGUGGCGAGACCGACGUAGACACAUGACUCAGAUGAAAAAACAAUCCCGUCCAGAACUGCCUCCCAACACAAAGCUCAUCACUUGUUCCUUAAACGUCCAACUCAAACCUGGAGAUUUCAAGUCCACCAAAAGGAAAGAAUUUCUCCUCAAUCCCUCAGGGAAGUCAUACGUGUGUAUCCUUCAUGAGUAUGUGCAACACACCAUGCGAGUCCAGCCAAGAUAUAUUUUCAAAGAAAUGGAAAGUGCCCUAACUCCCUACAGUGCUACAGUUGUGAUAAAUGAUGUGGAGUAUGGAGUCGGCUAUGCAUCCAGUAAGAAAGCCGCUAAACUCGAAGCUGCCAAAGACACCCUCAACAUUCUCAUUCCGGAGAUGAACAAGGUUACCGAUGACCAGAAGGGGGAAGGGGAGGAUCUGUCAUUCUUUGAUGAAAUCAAGAUUGAAGAUCCUCGGAUUUAUGAACUUGGGAACAAAGCUGGACAGCCUAGUCCGUAUCAGAUACUCUGUGAAUGCCUUAGACGGAACUACGGUCUGGGUGAGACCCACUGUGAGAUGGAGAUGAAGCAACUCAAGCAUCAGAAGAGUGAGUUCACCAUGACCGUCGGCAAACACACAGCAACAGUGAUUGCUAAGAAUAAACGAGAUGGGAAACAGAGAGCUGCUCAAGCCAUACUUCAGAAACUGCAUUCCCAUGUGACCAGCUGGGGUUCUCUACUGAGACUUUACGGAAAAUGUUCAGAAAAAUAUUUUGCGGAGAAGAAAGACGAAAUGAAUAUCAAUGAGCUCCAAGCUCAGGUGAAAGCAAACCGUCCAAACAAUGCCAUUCUCGACAAACUGAAGGAAGAAAUGACCAGACUACACACGCAGAGGGGGGCCAUCCAAUCCAAGGGCAAACUGCGUGUGGAGACCACCGAGCUGCCAGCCAAAGUUCCCAGCCUGGACUUAUAAACCUGUGUCUUAUCUUUCACUGCCAGUACAACCCACUGAGAGAACAUAUUCCUGUUUUAUGCAAUUAGUCUCUUUUAUAUGCCAUUUUGUUGCAUAAUGUGAAUAAUCAUUUUGCAGAAGUGGACUGUCAUAUUGUUGGUGCCAAAUUUGCUUUUACAUACCUACGAUAACACAUUCAGAGAAGAUAUGAGGAACUGGGGAAGAAAACAGAAGAACCUGGCGACUCUGGACUCCCCAGAAAUAACAGGUCACCUGAUAAAGUAAACUUUGAAAUCACAAAUGAUGCAUCUAAGUCUCAGGAUCCAGGGUCUAGACAAAUGUGACUUCAUGGAAAAAUAUCAGUAUAUUCAGAGAUUUUGUCUGGUAUUUUAAAAGUGUUCCUACCUAAUAGUCUCACCAGUUAUAAUCUCUGGUACUUUUCUGAAGACUGAGUAGAAUCUGUAUGGUUCAAAUCAUUUAUCAUUUUGAUAACCCAGUUCCCCAGCACUACAUGGUAUUUCACUAAGCUCCAGGGGCAUGGUGCCCCAGGUGUCCGAAGUGUCGUAAUAUGUUGUGCACAGUUGCGUCCCUUGAGUUUGCCAGGAACCUGUGAUUGUGGGUUUGACUCCGGGUUUGCCCUGAUUAUGUUUUUGUGUUUGUCAUCACCAAAUCUGUGCUUGAGGGUAUCAGCGAGGGGUAUCCUCCCUCAUGCACUAUGUUGAGGGCACGGAUACCACUGAAAUCCUGUUACCAACUUGACUCACUCAUUAAGUAUGGGGGCGGUGGGCUAGCUUAGUGGUUGAGGCGUUCGCUCGUCGCGCUGAAGACCU